CAUCGUGUGAUGCUGCCAGUUAUUCAUAGUAAACAAGGCCAUAUUUUGGUACGUCAUGGUACCAGUCAAAACAGAUUGUAUAAGCUCUAGAAUUUCAAUGAGAUCACCAACAUAACAGAAGAAGUCACUAUUCACAAACGGAAACUGGCGCUCUCUAAAAAAUGCCAAAAGCAACAAAGCAAUUGUCUGCGCUCGCCCGCGUGACGUUCUGAAUGCGUGUGUGAAGAGUUUUGAUUGAGUGCGGUAUGCCAGUGUGCAUCAGCCGAUUGAGAAUCCGCCAUAUUGAUUGGAUUUGAGUUUUGGCACAAGUCUGUCUUCGGUGUCCUGUACAUUGCCGCUGAGCCGACUCGUCUUGAGGGCGGAAGGAUGGUGAAGUUAGCCGUGAGCACUUCGACGGAGGUGCACGGAGGUAAAAUGCCUCUUCAACAGAAAGAACCGCUCUCGGAUGGCUCGGUCAAAGUUCCCUGCAUUUCCUUUCACUGUGAUCCGCCUGCUCGCACGAAUCGACAGGUGGAAAGAGAGACUGUGGUGCACAUGAGACAGGCCGAUAGACGCUGCACCAGACGGCAGUGGUUGGGAGUCGGUAUCGCCUUCUUCAUCCUGCUGGUCGCGUGCGGCACGCUGGCCGGCUACUACUUCAAGAAACACUGCGAUGGAUGCCAGCUCCAGGAACUUGAAGAAUAUCGAUUUCACCACACCCACCGCACGGAUGAGACGAAAGACAGGGGCUGGGAGAGUGGUGAGCGCGGAGGUCACAGUGGUGGAGGCCAGAAGAAAGACGGCAGUCGAGAGGGUGACGACGGCAGUCGAAGCAUGGGAAACAGGGAGAGUAACGGUGUGAAGAACAGCCGGACCAAGUCCCCGGUCGGUGACAAGAGCGGUGGCCGUAAGGGCAACGACGGCAGCCGCCGACGCACCGGUCACCGCCAUCCGGACCGCCAAGGGGGAAGCAAAAAGCACCCAGGAAAAACCCCACCCGAAGGCCGUGCCAGUCCAGGAGGCGACGUCGAUGGUCACCCGAGGCCGAAGCACCACUACCCGCUGCCUUAAUUAAGCCUCUAGUGUCUGACUGGAGCGGUGCCCCUCGUCACAGCAGAGAACCUGGCUGUUACAUUUCCAGAGGGCUCAUCGAUAAUUGAUUGACCAUGUGGACAAGAUACACAACGGGUGUUUUACAUCAGGGCUGCCCCAUACACAAUCAGCAUUAGUAAUCAGUAUCAGUGUUUUGGUAUAUGGCGGUGGAGAGAAAAUUUUAUGCUAAAUCCUUUUUUGAACUCAAGUUAUAAAUUCUACUUUAGUUAAGCAAGCAUUGUGACUGAUUAUCAGAUAUAUUAUCCACCACUAUUUUACCAUACUUUUAUUUAUCAAUAUAACAUUUAAACCAAAUAUCAUAUGGUACUUUGCUGGACAUAUAUCUUUAUAUUAAAAGGCAAAUGAUGUUUCUAUACUUUCCAGAAACAAAUUCAUGUUUUGCAACAACUCAGCUGAAAUAAACCAACCGUUUGUUUUUUUUCAUUUCAUUUAUUAAGUUAAGUUAACCCUAACAGUCCCAAAUCCUCCGAUUUCAGUAGGAUUUUACAUACACCCUAGGGGGUUAGGGUUAAUAAUUAAGUUAAGUCAAUUAAAGUUAGUUCUCGGUCUGUAAUAGGGGUUUGUACACGGCGGCCAUCUCCCCUGUCAGUGUUUUUGUUCCGUAAGGAUACGCAUGAGUAGACUUUGUGCAUAUCCCCCACAACAAAAGCACUGACCAGGAAGAUGGCUGCCCUGCAUAACUGUAGCCUAUGAGUGAGGUGCUGGGUUCAGUACUAAUUGUAAUGGGGGGAGGUCUGUCGCCUUAAUUAAAGUAUUUCGCGUGUUUUUCUUUUCUUUUUUUAAUUGAUUCAAGUUACUGAAAAACUCAACCGUUGGGGGCGACAUUGAUAAACUGGCGACUGUUACGAGUCAACCAACCUCAUCAUAAUAGUCACCCGACAAGGGGGGAAAUAUAUGUACUUCCCAGGUCUUUCCAGUGACGAGCACUGUUUCAAAAAGUUCACUGCCUUGUCAAAAACGCUACUUUUAAAAAAGAAGUUGUGGGGUCUUUAGGAUGCUCAAAAACUCAAAAAUGAUAGUAAUAAUAAACCCUGACUAUGGCAGUUUUCCUUCGCAAAUGGACGUGUGUAAGUUAGUUUAUUUAACUUAUGAAUAAAAUAUACCUUUUUUCUAAUACUUAA